UACAGCACACAUUGUGGUGGAGGAAUCAUCCCAGACAACCCUCCCUCUGAACAGGCAGGCACCCCAGCUGUCAGUCUGAAUUAGGCCAGGCCUUAGAUCCCCACCACGAAUCAGGGCAGGACAGACUAAGUCCUCCGAUAGGGAGUCAGAGUACAGGCGAAGAACGGGACGGCAGCUCCUCUCAGGAUACAGUCCAGACAAAGUUUGCAGUGUCCUGUGUGUAUCACGACUGGUCCACCACCCAAAGGACAUCCAUCCACCUUGACACAUAUUUGGGAAGCAUUGGAGUCAACAUGGGCCAACAUCCCUGUGGAUUGCUUUCAACACCUUGUAGAGUCCAUGCCCUGACGAAUUGAGGCUGUUCUGAGGGCAAAAGGGGGUGCAACUCAAUAUUAGGAAAGUGUUCCUAAUGUUUUGUAAACUCUGUGUAUGUCCUGUCGGGAAUAGUCUGUCUAGCCAUGUUUGUUUAAAAUCCAUUUGAACAAUACUAUGUUGGUUAAGAAUAAGAAAGGAGGAAGAGAGAGAGCGAAAGACAUUCAGGGAGGGGAAGGAAAAUGUUUAAAAAAGUAUCUUUGAGGCAGCAGUCACUAAGGGGAGGGCAGCAGGAUACCACUAGUGGGUGGCGCCUGAUGAUUGUAUCUGAGCCAUGGACACACAUAGCAGCAAGCCUCUCUUUUACAUACUCCCUUCCCCUAAACAGGAAUAGAUGUCAUGUUUUAAACAGGAAUAGAUUUGAUAUAUUUUAAACAGGAAUGGAUGUAGUAGGCGGUUUUCUGUCACACAGUUUCUUACAUCAUCUCUUCUGUCUGGAUUUUUCUCAGAAUUCACCCAGAAAACAACAAUUCGGCACAGACUGAGACUCCUGGAUCCCACAGUGUUUUACAGCACUAUCUACUCUUACCAGUGGCGGCUGAAAUAGGAGGAGAAACUGCUGCCUGAGGCCUGAGAACAGGGAGGCUAAGAUUCUAAGACUGCCACACAGGCAGCUCAACAGUCAUGUCAGCCUCCCUCCUGGACGCUGAUCCCAUCUAUGCCACGGUUGUCCACACUACCAAGGCCAAGGCAUGGGAGUCACCAGGUGCCAUGUCUGUACCUCCAGUCAGGCUGAGGGCUCCGGUGGACCUGAAGCUGACCCGCAGCCUCUCCAAGUCAGACUCAGACCUGUUUGUGUCUUCCCUGGGUGAAGAGGAUGGGGGUCUGAACGGCCACUGUGAUUCUGUGACCAACUGCAGCUCUGGGAAAAAAUGGAUGGAGAGAUCGCCCUCCUUCGCCUCAGAGUGGGAUGAGAUUGACAAGAUAAUGAACCUGAUUGGAGCAGGCAUCGAAUCGUCCAAUGACAAGCAGUGCAUAUCCCCAGAUGGGGCCUGCAGCAAAGCCCUGGACCAGCCUGUGGGAGAGUGGCUGGAGCAUGUGGGGCUGCCACAGUACGAGAGCAAGCUGCUGCUUAAUGGCUUCGACGACCUACGCUACAUGGGCAGUAACGUGAUGGAGGACACGGAUCUUAGAGAUAUGGGAAUCACUGACCCUGGCCACAGAAAGAAGAUCAUCCGUGCAGCACGCAGCUUGCCCAAGGUGAAAGCCCUGGGCUGUGAUGGCAGCACCUCUCUGUCCACCUGGUUGGAUGUGCUAGGCCUCCAGGAGUACCUGCCUAACUUCCUGUCCAGUGGCUACCGUACCUUGGACUGUGUGAAGAAUCUAUGGGAGCUGGAGAUUGUCAAUGUGUUGAAAAUCAGCCCUCUGGGCCACAGGAAGAGAAUCAUAGCAUCUCUGGCAGAGCGGCCCUAUGAGGAGGCCCCGACCAAAUCACAGAUCUCUCACCGUCUCUCACAGAUCAGGUUUCAGGACCUUUUGUCCCAGACAGGGACCUCUCCUCUGAGUCAGAUGGACCCUUCCACCAGUCGCUCCAUGGACAUGCUCCUGCCCUUGGGAGAGGGAGGCAGGAGGAGGAGAGCCAUGGACCAGGACUGUAGCGUGUCCCUGCGCUCCUACAGCGAGAGACCCCGCUCCCACGACAGGCAGAGUGACCGACAAAGGGAACCCCGUUUGACCCUCCGGCCGCCGAGCCAGUCUGCCACGUACACCACGGUCUCUGCUUGGCAUCACCAGCCUGAGAAACUUAUCUUAGAGUCUUGCGGGUAUGAGGCCAGUUAUAUGGGAUCAAUGAUUAUCAGGGAUCUAAGGGGGAUUGAGUCCACUCAAGAAGCCUGUGCUAAAAUUAGGAAGUCAAAGGACCAUUCAAAAAAGGGUCCUGUUGUCAUCCUCUCCAUCACUUAUAAAGGGGUCAAGUUCAUUGAUGCCGCCACUAAGACAAUAGUAGCCGAGCAUGAGAUCAGGAACAUCUCCUGUGCGGCCCAGGACCCUGAUGACCUCUGCACCUUCGCCUACAUCACCAAGGACAGUAAGAGUGGCCACCACUUCUGCCAUGUCUUCAGCACUGUGGAAGUGACUCAGACUUAUGAGAUCAUCCUGACACUGGGACAGGCAUUUGAGGUGGCCUAUCAGCUGGCUCUCCAGACCAAGGCCAGGCAGUAUGUCCCAGUCCCCCCACCUUCUCUGGGGUCAGAGGUCAUUGAGACCAAAUCCAGCCGGCCCACGUCACAACAAUGGAGCAGCAUGAGGAGAUCAACAAUUGACCCUCUGGAGAUGGACGCAGACAUGCAAUCCCUGGGCAGCGCCACCUGGCUCUUCAACCAGAGAGACUCCAACAAGCGCCCUGUCAGCACCAAGUACGAGACCACCAUAUUCUGAGGCUGGAUCCCCUGCACCGACCUCACCCUAUCCUAGCACCCAGUUUGCCCCCUGACCUCCACCGCCCUCUCUCUCUGUCUCAUGAGCCCUGUGCCUUCUCACUGUGAUCGUAGCAUCCCUCUGGGCUGCCCCUUCUCCCCUGCUCUGACCUACACAAACCUUGCACUGCUCUGACAUCACACAUCCCUGCAGCCCUCUCUCCUGUCCUGUUCUCACCCCUAGGCAGCCCGUUACCCUACUCCUCCUGACACUGCUGCAGCCGCUGAUGGGGAACCCUUGACUUGUGGAUGGACCUGGUGUGAACCUACAAUGGCCCUGUUCUCUCAACCAAACUGCCUCCUCCUCCUCCUCCCCCCAACUACUCAUCUGCAUCCACCCCUAUUAUGUUUAUCAUCAUUGAAGAGAUUGUGGCAUUUUUGUCCUCUUCCGGUCAUGCUAUUCUUUUUCCAAGUGACUCCCUUCAGUCGAAACAAUCCCGACUUUUUUUCUGUUGAGCUACCUGUUGCAUUUUUACCUGACAGUAACAUGAUUUGCAUUGGCUGUACUGCCAAUGUGAACAAGAAAAUUGCAAACCUUCAUAAGUUCCUCUUUUUAUCUAAUACCAAAGGAGUACUGCUCUUGGGCUAUUAUCCACAGAGUUUUGGUCCCAUGCAUAGUGGAAUAAAGAACAUUAUCAUGUCCCAAACUCAGCCUAUCCUUCCCAAACAACCUCCUCAGUCAUAAACAAUAUUUUAUCCCCUUCCCAAAGGGAUGAACAAUUUUUCUCAUCUUUUUAAUGUGUUUAUUUUUGUAUUUCACUUUUUCCCACUCAGACAAGUUUAAUAUUUUUCUUUCCCUAUCUGUAGCUUGUCCUGUCUUACCAGGCAUCUACCACUGUGAGGAGACAUAUCUAGCCUGGGAUGCAUGAAGGACAGAAAAUCUAUAAGAUAAAAAACAAUCAACAAACUUUUUUCUAUGCAUUUUUAAUCGUACAAUGUUGGAUCGUCAAGGAAUCUUCCCUUUCCAUGUAUAAUGGAUCAAAAACUGAACCUCAAUUUCCUGUGUGAUUCUGUACACAAAUGGACAGGACAACUCUUCCAUCACCCUGCCAAGAACAGUAGUAGCCUUACUUCAAUCUGGCAAUCUAUCAGUUUAAAUCUAAACAUAAUCAAUUGAGCAUCCUUGCCACCAUCACACAUUCUCCACACUUGCUGACUGCUGCACGCAUCUUUCGUGGUUUAAAAUACUUACAACACUUUUGAGUUGACAACACAUGAACACUUUGGCUGAGCUGCAGUGAAGGUGUUGUAAUGGUACAGGUUUGUCUAGAUAAUAAUGUAAAUGAUGCUCUGUAGCUCCACAGUGUGCAUGGUGCCUCACCAGUCAUUUUAUUACCAAGAGAGACUGUUCGGCUCAUCAGAGAACACUGUGUUAAAACAUGGCACUAUCCCCUUUAAAACCUUUUUGUUUGUUUCAAAGAUUAUACGGUAUGUAUUUUGUUUAACAAUUAUUAAUAAGGAAUGCUUUUAAAAAUAACUGGGAUUCCUGAAAUGUAUUUACUGAGAGAAACCAAGGGAAAUCGUAGCAACACCACAAUGUAUUGCCAUAGUAAAAUAAUGCAAAUACAAAUUCAUGACAAGUUGCCAAAACACCUCAUGAAGGUAAAUUUGAUGGCAAUAAUUUAAUUUGCCAAUUCAUUGUGAAAGGUAUAAGAUAUUCCCAAUAACAUUGCUUAAAUCUUUUUAUAUGAGGCAAGGCAGGUUGUGUUGCCGGACUCCUGAUGCCACUGAUUCAGCAUGAGGUAAAAUGUGUCACUAGAAAAUGAACAAUAGUGCCAAGGAUUCAGGCUUACUCAUCGUUUGAACUUUAAAUUUGAAGGAUCUAAAUGUAAUUAGAUAUGGUUUUAUUAUGCAAAUUUACUUUGGGUUGAAAAUAUAUUUGAAACUGCAUUCUUGUUUUUCCUUUCACUGUGUCUAAUACUGCAGGUCUACAGGAGCUAUCUGUUGGUAUUAUCUACUUGUGUUUUGCUCAACCUAUUUUGUGUGCUGUGUUGCCUUGUGUUGUGUCCUCCUGUGAGGAUGGCCUGUUCUGUCUCUGUCCGCUGUCCUCAUUCUGUGUCCCCUGCUAUGAUAUGUUAUGCUUAGCCUCUCUCCAAAUGGCACAGGAUGGCUGACUGGAGAAUGAGUGUUAAGACUUGACAGUCUCUGUGUGGUACUGUAGCUGUCUCUCAUCGUUGUUCUGUUCUGACUGAUACUGUAGCUGGCACUGAUGCAUGUGGCAGUAUUUGUGUUUUGUCCUCUGAUGCACUUGGCCCAUUGAGGUGUACAUAUGUAGCAGUGUCUGUUUAGUUUUUUCAUAUCAUUUGCCUUUUGUUUAACUUUAUCCAUUAUUAUAACACAAAUACAGCACAUCAUCUCAUUUACAUUCUCCAGCAUUGUCAUUUCUCAUGCACUAAGUAUGUUCCCCCCUGUUAUGUGUUGAAAUCAUGAAGACACAUUCAACCUGCUCUGGUUUGGGUGCAUAUAAAUGCCUUACAUUUUAGAGAGCAGAAGCUAUUUUAAGCAGACACAAUGUGGUGGCAUGAUUUGGCUGUGCAUGUUUCUGUCUUUUUUAACACCAGUGUUUUCCUUGUGUAGCUCACUCCAGCGUUCAAGUUUCCGGACACCAAGCUGUGAGUUGAAGUGGAGCAGCCAAUGUGAGUGUCUGCGUGUGUGUAGACUAGAGACAGAGAGACUAACAGAGACACAAGCAGCGGGUCUAGGAGUGACUGUUUGAUAAGGUCUGCUGCCUUCUACAACCUCACCUGAAUACAAAGUAACAGAUAAAGGAUAACCUUACACUAGUUGUUUGUCUCAACUGGGCAUGGCAGGGCCUGUCUCUCACUCCUAUCUCGAGAAAGUUCAGUCUCAAAUCUCCUCCCUGGCCUCACACUGACUGUCUUUACCUCCACUCCUUACUUCAAGUAGGUACUGUAAUCUGCAGAGUAUAGACAAUUAAUGUUGGGCCAGCAAUGACCAUUUUUAUUGAUUUAGGUCUAUUUGAGAUAAUCAUGUUGUUACUGUAAGGAUCUAGGAGAGUCAACGUGAGAGUACAUUCAUCAUAUGUAGCACUACUGUACCAGCAUAAUAAUGCUAUGCCCAUGUAUUUGUGGACAGAGUAUAGUUUGUCAAUGAUUAUGUGAUGUUUAUUUAUUCCAAUUAAAAGCAAAAUAUACCUGAAAUUAAAUAGUACAAUGGAAAAUGUUA